AUACAGAUAAAGACAAUGCAAAUAAAUGCAAGCACACGAGGCAAAGCAAAAAAAACUAGAAAGUUCGCAACUGUUAAAAGAAUGAUCAGCUCAAAAGAUACACGCAUAAAAGCCAAUCUGAAGAAAAAAGAAGAAAUUAAAAAAAAAGAAGAAGAAAAUCAAGUUCGACAUGUUGAGCAGGUAUCGUCUGCACUUUUUUUUCAGUACAAUACGCAACUUGGUCCACCAUAUCGAGUCAUUGUUGAUACAAAUUUUAUAAAUUUUUCUAUUCAAAAUAAACUUGAUAUAUUUCAAUCAAUGAUAGAUUGCCUUUAUGCAAAAUGUAUUCCAUAUAUUACAGACUGUGUAAUGGGAGAGUUAGAGAAACUUGGUUCACAUUAUAGAGUUGCAUUAAGAGUUGCUAAAGAUGAACGUUUUGAAAGGUUACCAUGCAUGCAUGCGGGAACAUACGCAGAUGACUGCAUAAUAAAUAGAAUUACACAGCAUAAAUGUUACAUAGUGGCAACAUGUGAUAGAGAUCUUAAACGUAGAAUACGAAAAGUUCCUGGCGUUCCAAUUAUGUAUCUUUCACAACAUAGGUUUACUAUUGAAAGAAUGCCAGAUGCGUUUGGAGCACCAAAAAACUAGCUUUAAGAGUGAUAGCUUAAAUCAAACAAACUUUGUUGAAAUGUGCGUCAAUUAUCUAGCAUCGAGUUAUGCCCAAUCUAGAGGAUGUUUCAAUAAAUGGAUACUAAAAUGAAGUUUUGUGUUUGCGUUAUUUUAAGUUGUUUUAAAUUAAUAAAUAAGAUUCUGAUUUAUAA